AUGGCCUACCAGCAAGGUUACUACCAGACCAACUCCCUCCCCAUUGCAGUUCCUGCAAAGCCGCAGCAUGCUCAAUAUUACACCCCUCAAACUCACGGGUAUGGAAUUUCACCUCCUGAAGUUGCCGAAUCUGUUACCACAGGAUCGAGCAUGACUCCAGCAUAUGGCCAUUCCACAUACUCUACAAAUUCCGGCAGCUAUGCCGGUAGUGGGAGCGAUUACGACAGCACAUCUUCUGCCAGUGGCUUGGAUAUGCAAGAGUAUGUUCAAGAUCGCUUCAAUGGCGCUUUUGACCCUCUUCCUCUGGAUCGCACCCUGGCUGUCCAGGCGCAAACAUCUGGAUUGCUAAAUGCGAAGCAUCGAGAACUUCAAGAUUUGCAGCAAUUGGCACAGCAGCGACUUGCGAGGUCGCGAGCCAGGUUGGCUGAAGGCUACCAGGAUGCUAAGGAAGUGAAGAGAGAUCUCGAGUGGACACAAAAGCGCGUUUCAUCAAUGAAAACGAAAGCUUCUCGCAAGCACCCAAAAGAAUACAAGCAAGCACGCGCGCGCUACCCAUCGCCAGAAUACUAA